AUGACGGACACAGACAUUCACUUCGAAACGAUCGACGUCGAUCUUGACAUCCAAGAAAUCCUCCUUGCCGCAUCUCAACACGACAUCCCCAAACUACGACAAUUAAUCCGAUCAAACAAUGCCGGAGCAGAAAAUCCCGUCAAUGUAAAGGACCCCGAAACAGGCUUUUCGCCCUUACACGCAGCCAUUGCGGCUUGCGAGCAAGAUGACGACGAAGCGACCGAGUCAGCGCCGACGAAUGGCGUGAAUGGCACGCAUGGGGGUGCGGAUGAGACACUAUCUGAGAAUGAAGUAUUGUUGGCUGCGGCGCGAGAUAUGGUUAAAUUUCUUCUGCAGGAAGGCGGGAUUUGGAAUGAUUUGGAUAAGAAUAAUGAAACUCCGGGUUGUUUGGCGAGAAGGUUAGGCUUGAAGGAAUUAUAUGACCUCAUGGUCGACGCGGGAGUGCGCGCGGAGUUGCUGUUGAAUUACAUGGAAGGAUACGAAAAGCUUGAAGAGGAUGAUGAUGAUGAUGAUGAAGAGGUGGGAGAGGCGGCAGAUGAAGAAGAGCGUGCAAAUGAGACAUCUGAGUCUAAUACACUUGAAACCACUACAACCGCCGCCGCUGCUGAACCUAAUGUGUCAAACAACCGAUAUCUACAGUCAAACUUGACUUUCCAAAACGAUCGCUUGCUCGACAAUGACCAGAACGGAGUGAUGAUGGCCUGGGAGUCAGACAUCAUGGCCAAGACCGCGCGCAAGCUGCUUCCGACCGAGGGGUUGCGGGUGUUGAACAUUGGACACGGAAUGGGCAUAGUCGAUGGAUUUUUCCAAGACCAAAAGCCCAGCGUGCACCACAUCGUCGAAGCACAUGGCGAAGUUGUUGCUGAAAUGAAGCGGAAGGGGUGGCAUGAGACACCCGGAGUGGUGAUCCACGAAGGACGAUGGCAAGAUAUUCUGCCAACACUGGUUGAACAAGGAGAGAUGUUUGAUGCAAUCUAUUACGACACUUUUGCCGAGUCAUAUGCCGAUUUCCGCGAGUUUCUCUCUGAGCAAGUUAUUGGUCUUCUGGGGACGGCUGGACAGUGGAGUUUUUUCAAUGGGAUGGGUGCCGAUAGGCAGAUUAGUUACGAUGUAUAUCAGAAAGUGGUCGAGAUGGAUGUUUUUGAGGCGGGGUUUGAUGUCGAGUGGGAGGAUAUUCCUGUGCCUCAACUCGAAGGUGAAUGGAAUGGUGUGCGACGGCGAUACUGGGUGGUAGACAACUACCGUUUGCCUAUUUGCAAGUAUAUGGAUUAA